GCCCUCUCCUCCCUCUCAAGUCCUCGGGCUGUAGGAACCGGAAGUGGGGACCGGUCUCCCUGUAGCCUCUUAGCAACGCGAGAGGGUCAAGUGACACCAUCAGCUGACUCCGGAGGAGGGAGGCGCUGGGGUGGCCGGUUCUGGAGGGGCUGCAGUCGCGAUUGCCCUGCCGGGGGCCCGAGCCCAACAGUCAGCGCCAGGAUGUCGGGCAAAGACCGGAUUGAAAUCUUCCCUUCGCGAAUGGCUCAGACCAUCAUGAAGGCCCGAUUGAAAGGAGCACAGACUGGUCGCAACCUCCUGAAGAAGAAAUCUGAUGCCUUAACCCUUCGAUUUCGGCAGAUCCUGAAGAAGAUAAUAGAGACUAAAAUGCUGAUGGGUGAAGUAAUGAGAGAAGCUGCCUUUUCAUUGGCUGAGGCCAAGUUCACAGCAGGGGACUUCAGCACCACAGUUAUCCAAAAUGUAAAUAAAGCACAAGUGAAGAUCCGUGCAAAGAAAGAUAAUGUAGCAGGCGUUACCCUGCCAGUGUUUGAGCAUUACCAUGAAGGAGCUGACAGCUAUGAACUGACUGGCUUAGCCAGAGGUGGGGAACAGCUGGCUAAACUAAAGAGGAAUUAUGCCAAAGCAGUGGAACUACUGGUGGAACUGGCUUCACUGCAGACUUCCUUUGUUACUCUGGAUGAAGCUAUCAAGAUAACCAACAGGCGUGUAAAUGCCAUUGAACAUGUUAUCAUUCCCCGGAUUGAACGCACCCUUGCCUAUAUCAUCACAGAGCUGGAUGAGAGAGAGCGAGAAGAAUUCUAUAGGCUAAAGAAAAUACAGGAGAAGAAAAAGAUUAUCAAGGAGAAAUUCGAGAAGGAGUUGGAGCAGCGGCGAGCAGCUGGGGAAGUGAUGGAACCUGCCAACCUGCUGGCUGAGGAGAAGGAUGAGGACCUGCUGUUUGAGUGACAGCCCUUCGCCCCUCAGACCCAGCUCCAUUUUAGCUCAGUGUGUAGGUUUGGUAUGUGUGGGUAUUUAUUUUGGCAUAACAAUUUCCCUGGCUGUAAGAUUAAGGAUGCCCCGUGAGACCAUUUCUCCUGCAUCAGAAUUCAGCCACCACUCGUCACAGCUGAGUGAGAUUGUACAACAUGCUCAGCAGCUUACAUCGUUUCCUCUGUGAGAGUGUCGUACAGUUCUUUUUAAGUAGUUUCAUUGGUCCUUGCAGUCACGGUCUCAGCCAACUGCAGCGAGCAGCCUUCGUUCCUGCCCACUCGCCAACCUUGGCGCUGUUGUGCGAGAGUCCGCAGCCACUGUUGCGUUACUGUGGUCUCUUCAGCCCUACAUCUAUCUUUCUUUGCACAAUAAGUCUGCCUGUAAUGGAAGCAGCUCUGCCCAUUUCAAUGUGACUUAUGAACAGAGUAAAAUGAUUUUAAAAACA